GCAAUGGCGAAUCCAUCACAAAGAAGGCUGUGUGUAGUCUGAAAAUCUGGUAUGGCUGUCUAAAACGGAAGAUGAGUCAAUACGAAGUGAAGUGCAUUGAAAAUUGAAUUGGAGAUAUCUCCGAACUGUGUCUAAUUUACGAAGUUUUUAUCACCAGUGCUGCCUGCAAGAAAAUGAACGGCUUAAGUCUCAGUGAGCUGUGUUGUUUGUUUUGUUGUCCUCCUUGCCCAACGAGGAUUGCUGCCAAACUGGCAUUCUUGCCACCAGAACCUACCUACAACUUUCAAGCGGAUGAAACGGGUUCGAAAUUUAGUUUGAAUUUGACAGAAAGAGCCGAGUGGCAAUACUCCGAGAGAGAAAAGGAAAAUAUUGAAGGUUUUUUCACAAGAACUUCCCGAGGAAAUCGAAUAGCCUGUUUGUUUGUGAGGUGUAGUACAACAGCUCGGUUUACAAUAUUGUUUUCACACGGUAAUGCCGUAGACUUAGGACAAAUGAGCAGUUUCUAUCUAGGGUUAGGUUCACGGAUAAACUGUAAUAUAUUUAGUUACGAUUACUCAGGCUACGGGGUCAGUACUGGAAAGCCAUCGGAAAAGAAUCUGUAUGCAGAUAUAGAUGCAGCAUGGCACGCUUUACGAACUAGGUAUGGUAUAUCACCCGAAAAUAUUAUAUUAUAUGGCCAGAGUAUUGGGACUGUGCCAACAGUGGACCUGGCAUCGCGUUAUGAAGUGGGAGCUGUCAUUCUCCAUUCGCCGCUUAUGUCUGGAAUGAGAGUCGCAUUCCCCAAUACCAAGAGGACGUGGUUUUUUGACGCCUUUCCUAGCAUUGACAAGGUUCCAAAAGUCACAUCCCCAGUACUAGUGAUACACGGUACAGAAGACGAAGUCAUAGACUUUUCACAUGGCCUUGCUAUUUACGAAAGAUGUCCGCGAGCAGUUGAACCUUUAUGGGUUGAUGGUGCUGGCCACAAUGAUGUUGAACUGUACUCUCAGUACUUGGAACGCCUGAAGCAGUUUGUCUCUGUAGAACUGCUCAACUGACAACUACUGCCACCUGGUGAGGAAUCAGAACAUAAUGCAACGUCAACUGUCAGCUCUGCAACCACUAGUUCAGUGACUGAAAAGCUUCUCUAGCUAACCGACACACUGACAAAUCAGACAGUUGGCGAACUAACUAAUAGUCCCACCAGUCCUCAAGACGAAAAAUCUGAGAGUGAGCCUUCAACCAGUAAACCAGCUGGUCAGCCAGAGAAAUCUUCUUGUAAGUCAUCAGCAUCAACUGCAAAGGCAACCACAGCAGAAACAGUUAGUACAACAGCAGUCAUAAAUGCUCCUUAUGAACUGCCCAGAGAGACUACUUGCUAAAAGUUGGUAUUAUUUUGUGUGUGUCUGAUGAACUGUACAUGUUCAGCCUUGGGCAGUUGUGAUGAUAAUGAAGAAUAAAUUGCCUAUCACAUAUUGAUUGCCUGAUAACAUUACAUAAGAAGUGAAUCCUAGUGCUUAAUAAAAAUAUGGGUUAAGAAGAAGUUAAUAGUUUCCAAAAAUUCCCCAGUGAUGUAUCAUUAUGGCAGGGAAAAUGUUAUUGUUUUACCAAUAUUGCAAUAUUACAGAAUAUAUAUGUAUAUAAAAAGAUAUAUAUAUAUAUAUAUUCAUUUUUGUGUACAAACAUUUGUUACAUCUUUUGUAUUGGUAAAAAAAUUGCGCGUUUAAUUAAACAGUGUAUUGUGUACACGGACAUAAUCCAGGCAAGAAAUGACAUAAGUUAUCAAAGUGUGAUACAAGAAAAUAAUAGUGAAAUCAUUCUCAGAAUUUGCUAUAUUUUAGAGCUGUACUUGUUUAUACUGAUGAUAUGCUCAUGUGCAAUUUUUGUUACUGUAAGGAUGACAAAAUACCAAGUGUGUGAAUGAGUGAUGUAGUCACUUCAUAGAGUAUAACUAAAGAAGAAGAAAAAUCACUCGAUGAAUUUACUUUUGAAUAUUCGUAUCGUGAGAAGUUCUCCAUAAUUUUAUAUAUAUUUGUGUGUGUGUGUGUGUGUGUGUGUGUGUGUGUGUGUGUGUGUGUCAUAUAGUGUGGUGCUCAGUUUUUAUGAGGAAAUAUUCAUAUUAUAAUUUAUUGUCUUGUGUGAGUUCACCAAGGAGAUUUCACACUCAAGAUGUUUAUUAUAUUAAAUUAAAACAGUAAACACCUUCCAAUAAAAUAUUUGUAUCUGUUAUUAAUAACUAUUCCUUCUGAUUUAUCAUGACAAUAGUUAGACCUGAACUAAAGAUACAGAAGACAGCUUUGUUCUCUUUUCUUAAGACCCAAGUAAACUGAGUCUAUUUAGUUGUAGUUUACAAGUUGUUUUUUGCCCAGCGUGUUCUAUUCUUCAUAUUUUGGUUUGUGAGAUUUGUUAUGUUGGCUUAAAUAAUGCAUGGAUUUUAAAUGUAAAUCACAGAUAAUGUUGUUGUUCUAAUUCUUUAAGAAUGUUAUCUUUUGGAAAUUUUUGAGCAUUAUUGCUAGCAAGACCAUAACUGUAUUUCCUCAGAAGCCUGACAAGAAGUGGGAUAAAUGAAGUUGAUUUGAUUUGUGCUCAUUUCUAUUGGAUGUUGUGCAAAAUUAAUUGUUCUUCCAGUUGCAGAUUUGUGCCUGUGUAAUAAACACACUUUUUGAGGGUUGAUAUUGACAUAUGUAUUCCAGCCCUAACUGCCAAAACAUUCAGAAUUGAAAUGUGAAACCAGAUUCCCCAGUGUGUCUUUUUGUAAAUCAUUUGUGAUAAUUUGUUUAAUUUAUAUAUUAUUGUAAGUUCAUGUAAAGAACUGGAUACAAAAUUUAUUAGACUCUCUUUUUAAAAAAAAGAUAUUCUUGUGUUUAUUGGUCAUAUGAAAGGUAAUCUGUCAUACACAGACAUUUCAUUUUAUGUUGCCAUACCACUAAAGGAACUACAUUGUGUUACACUACCUUUCAUGUAAUGAAGUGUUUCAGAAGAAGUUGGUCUCUCUGGUUGUACAUCUUGUUGUCACAUGUAUAUGCAAAAUGUUUUAUUUCUUUUUUUAAAAAAAACCUGUUGUCAUUUGUGGUUUCAUUGAUUUCUUCUUCUGGUUGUGUGUGGUUUUUCUGCUAUGAUACAAAACUUAUCUUAAAAUAUCACUUUACAGUCAUGUUAUCAAAUUGGUUUUAAUUAGCACGAAAAAUUGAGAACAUUCAGCAGCUGAAGUGUUCAUCUUCUAACAUAGUUUUCUGUCAGAUUUUGUUUUAUUUUUAAACACUGUGCUAGUUGUGGAAUAGUAAUGCUGGGAAUUUAUAUUUACAGUUAAUGCAAGGAAAGUCACCUCUCACUGCAUUUGCAGUUCUAAAAACAGAUAGUUACUGUGAGGAGGUAAAUUUCUCCAUUUUUCUGCAAAACCUUUUAUUUUAUUCGGUUGAAACUUUGUGAUGACAAUGUAAUACUCAGUUUAAAGAACCUUUGUUGCAUGAACAGUCCCAUUUAAAUAUUGUUACUCUUCAAAAAGAAAAAAGAAGUGUUAGAAUGUUUUGCAGAUAUGAACCAGUUAUGUCAAAUGUCCUCCAGCUUACAUUGCCUUUGUUAAACAUGAAACUUCAUCUUCGAAAACAAAAUAAUAAUACACCAAUAAAAUAAUAAAUAUGUUCUGUAGUUGCAGAAAUGCUGUAUGAACCAAUUAGGCCAAAAAAACUGUGAAGUUAUUUGGUGGAAUUUUGCAAAAUAUGGUAAUUGUUUUACAGAGUUUCCUUGUUCUUAGUAAACUGAGUCAUUGUCAUUUAGCACAAUCAGUAAUGUGGAUAUAUUGACAGAACAAAAUGUGAUGUAUAGUUUCCUUUGGAAUAUAUUCAUAAAAGGAAGGUCAGCAAGUGGUUCAGGUGUAAGCAGUGAGAGGGAUGAAUGAUGUAAAUGAGAUGCUUAGUGUAUAUACUUUAUCGAAUGCAACUAUUUCUUUGAGGCCUCAUAAGUGGACCAGCAUUUGUGUAUUACAACCAGUAUUAUGUAUAUUUAAUACACUAUAUUCUGAAAAAUUCUUUAUCUUUUAACAACCAAAAUAAAAGGAACACAUUAUUUCAGUGAAUUUUGUUAUAUUUACCCAAGUAAGUGCCUCACUUUGCAGUGUAUUUUGUGCAAAAUCUGACAAUCAAAUCAAUCAUUUAAGUUUCGUUAUUUCACUACCACAUUCUAGCAACUAUCAAAGUUCAUAUGUGGGUUCUCGUCGUGUGAAUUCAUGUGUUAAAUGCAGUUGCUUUGAAGGUUCUGGACUUGCAUCUCAAAGAUGCACUUAAUAACAAAUUAGGUUUCAAUUACAUUUGUUGAGAUCAUAUAUAUUAUUAGUGUUGUACACAAGAGUUUGAAAUUUGAGCAGGAAUGCAUACUGCCAUAAUUACUUUCGAAUUAGGUAUCAGGUUAAGUACAAUGUGGAGAGAAAGGAAGAAAAGCAGAGAAUGAUUUUUGUUUGGUAGUAUUGAACUUAUUGUGCCUCUGGUUAUUAGUACCAUUAUUAUUCAAAAGUAGCUAGAGACAGAAUUCUUUUAAAAUAGUAUGAAUUCUUUUUGGUCAAUAAAUCCUAUUCUAAUGUACUUAAAAUUGUGUCAUCUUUAGCCCACAUAGAAAUCAGCUACACAGGGACCAAUCGUGUCAUCCAUAUGGGCAGCAAGGUUCAGAGUGGAUGUUUAAUAAUUGUUUGACUUCUAUUGUUGCAGUUCUUAAGUUAAUCUUGUACCGUGUUAAUGAAAAGGUGACUUAAUGGAUUCAUACCUUCCCUUAUUCAGUAACUAUUUUUCGUUGGAUUUUGUUUGGUAUUACAUGCUAGGUGCACAGCUGGUUUUUCUUCUCCUCAAUAUCCCUUAUGGUGUCAGCUGUUAAGAAUCAUACAGUUGCUUCCAGUUAAGCAGUCUUCCAUUUGAAGAUUUUAUAGAUACAUAUUAUUAGAGAGUAAAAGAUUCUCUUUCUGUUAAUAUUAGAAGUAAAUUUAUUUGUCUUUAAUUGUCUAUGUAAGCUACCUGAAGGUAGACAGUAGUGAACUAACAUUCUCAGAACUAAAAGCUUAUCUUGAUGAAGGUAAAGGCUGGAGAAUGAUGAAAAUAUCUGUAUCAAUAUUGUGGAUACAGAAAGAGAUAAUAAGUCACUUAGAAUUGCAUUCCAAAUAAAAAAGUAAGUACUCUGCGUAAUGCAUACGAAUGUGGGAGGUGUAUAAAUCAGUGUCCUAGAAAUGAUGGUGGUUGUGGUAAGAAAAAUCUUUAACUAUUGAACAGAUUGAGGGGAGUGGGUGGAGGAGGUGUUCGGAAAAAGGCAACAAAAAAUUUAUUAUAUAUGAUAACAAAAUGAAAGAGAAGUAAGGUGGCCAAGGCAUAAAACUUUGAGGUUUUCAUGAUGUAUUUGUUAUACAAGAGACCAUUGGUGAACUUUUUACAAUAAAUCAUAUAAAAUUCUCAAUUUAUAGAGAUUACAUGUUAAAAAUUGACCAAGACAAUUGGAUACAGUGAAGUACAAUAUCAGAAACAUCCAUUGUAAAAGAUCUCACUUCAGACUUAAAAGCAACUGUAUUUAAAGACAGGGAGACAAUUGUAAAUCUGUGUAAGUUGUGGCUGGUACUUGAGCAAGAAUGGUUUGCGCAUUACCUGUAAGCUUGAAUUGUUGGCACCUACAAUUUCUGAUGUUUCAUUGUUUUCUCAAAAAUGUUGACCAUCAUGUACUUAUUAACACUUAACAGUGUCUUCUUCAGAGGUGAUGUAGAUAGUAUUAGAGAAAUGAGCUGACAAGUUUCCUUUUCUUCUUAUGGAAUAAGUAUGAGAUAAAAAGGACUUCAAACUUUUGUAUCAUGAAAUACAAAUAUGAACUUGUAUUAAUUGGUUAUCGUUUCUCUCUCUCUCUCUCUCUCUCUCUCUCUCUCUCUCUGUGUGUGUGUGUGUGUGUGUGUGUGUGUGUGUGUGUGUGUGUGUGUGUGUGUGUUUUUUUUUUUUUUCUGAGUCCUUUACUUUGACUUUCUUCUUUUAUGUCUAAUUUGUUGAUAGUUAUUAUGCAAACAAAUCCUGCCACAUAGUUAGUAGGCUUUAAUUUUAUUUUUGCAGAUUCUGCAGGGUAGUUGUAGUUAUUUCACUGAUUUUCUUUAAAGAAAGCAGAACGUAAUCUUAUCUUUCAAGGGCCGUGAUGUGAUUGUGCAUAUUAUAAGUAGAAACUAGGGACAUCACUGUUGGUUGAAAAGAAGUAGUAAGUGUUUUUUUACAAAAUUGAGUUCUAACACACAUAAUUAGUUAUUGACUGAUCAACUUUUGAUAAUCUUAUGAAUGAGUUCAUGUUUUAUGAAAUAUAUAAUGCACUAUUCAAAGAAAAAGGAAUCCAGAGAAGUUUGCCCCUGUUUGAUUUUGUAUGUUUAUCUGUUCAUCUGCCAAAGUACUUUCCCUCCCCCCCCCCCCCCCCCUCCGCCUCCCCCUCCCCCCGUUGCAGUCUGUCGUCGCCUCCUUCAGUCUAUUGUGUAUAGAUGCAGAAGUUCACAUCUCACACACACUCUUACUUUCAGUAAUUAAUUACAUAAUGCAGCUUACAUGCUUCUUCACCUCUGUAGUAAUAAAAUUUUAAACGCCAUUGCUUGAUAAACAUUCCAUUUCGAAAAUUUUGGUGUCAUAAUCUUGUUUGGAUGGAGCUGGAUUCAGAGUAAUACUAUUUUUCACCAAAAAGGAUUGUUUUUCAUAGUUCUUUAGUUUAAAACCACUGGUGGCACAUCAGAGUUACCUAAAUGGGCGAAUCGUGCCCGAGUGACUGACCGCCGUCUCGUCCUCUUCCAGUGGUGAUGUUGGAUGCUAUGUAGAGGGACGUGGUCAGCUUGGUACUCUCCUGGUCAUUGUUGGUUUCUUGAUUUUGGAAAUGCUACUAAUUGGCUUAGUAACUCCACAGUUGGCCUUAAGAGACUGAGUGAAUCUUGUACCAGUCCUCCCAUCAAGGAAAAAUCCCUGGCAGUAUCAGGAAUCUAAACUGGGCCCCUCUGCAUGGGAGGCUGCCAUGCUGACCAUUUGACUACGGAGGGACACGUUAGAGUAGCCAUUGUAAAUUCAUGCUGUUUUUAAGAUUUAAUAGUCUUAAUUCUCUUUGCGUGGUCUUUUUUGUCAUUACAUAGUUCCACAUUUAAUUUUAUUCUUGAAUAAUUAGAUGCUGUUUAAAUAAAAUCUGUCGGGUUCUUACACCAGCAGAGAGUAUGCUGAAUAGAAAUUUGUCGGUGUAAACAAUUUUACAUUAUCUUACAAUGGACAGCAAAUGAAUUAUUACUGUUUAGUUUUCACAUGGGUAUUAUUUCCAAUAACAUUAUCCAAUGUCUUAAAUGUCUUCUUUCACCUCUAGUGGUUUUCUUUUUGGGAGAGAAUAUUGGCUGUAGCCUCCUAUGCUAAAAUUUUUAAGCUGGAUUGGUACUGAUUAUUUAUGGUUGCCUUCAGAUUGGUGCAUUCAUCUGUCAACAGUUCACUCAGUCUGGAUGAAUGCCUUAUGGUUUUAAUUGCACCAUAUUGCAAUCACUAAAUAUAUGCAGCUUUCUGAGUGAUGUAAAAUAUUUGUAUAAUAAAUAGCCUUGACCCUCAAAUGAUGGGGUCAGAAAUUGUUGCAGUUGGGGAAUAAUUAAAAUGUAGAAAGGUAGUUAUUUAAUUGCAGCUUUUAUGAAUUCAGCAGUUUUAAAUCUUAUCACCUCGUUACAAUUAUAGAAUUGCCUUUACGACUACAGAUGCCUAGUUAACAUGAUAGUAGAUUUCCAAGUGGAAUUUUUUCCGAGGAAGUGCUGAGAUACAUUUCUAGUUAUCAAAGUUUAAUUUCCUUUUUAGGCUUACUUAUGAGGCCACAAUAUUUUGUGUUCAAUGAUAUUGCUGUCUUACAAAAAUUAAUGUUCACUUUCUUUUUAAGUUAGUUUACUUUUGAUGUAAACAUAUCUGGUUCGCUUUAUGAAAAUGACAGUGUUAACAUUUACAGUGUAAGCAUUUAUAAAGGACAUAGACCAAGCUCAUUCAUUUAUAGCAUUGCCAAGCUUUGGCAUAACCAUUGUGACAUAUUGCACAAAACUGGAUGUUUUUCUCAUCUCAAACUGAAUAUCUGGAAAAAAUAUAUAAAGUACUUCAGAAGUGUACUUAUGUAGACAUGCUGUAGAUGUCGGGUACUAAUUGUCCUUCAUUUGUGAAACUUUGUGCUGUGUGUUUGUAAAUGUUUACACUCCAUAAUACCAAGUGGAAUGUUCUGAAGCAAGAAUCUGAGAAAACUAAAUUUUUGUAAUUCAGAAAUUUUUGGUAUUAUUUUGUUUUGCAAAUUUGAAACAAUAAAUUUAAAGCACAUACUUUCACUGUAUUCCACAUUGCUAGUGUCAUUGUUGUUAUUUAUCUUUAAGGGAAAUUCCAACUAAAUGACAUUAUCCAUUAUUUAAUCAGAGAAAGAGUAUUAAGUUGAUGGUAUAUGAGACUUCCUUCCAGUACAUAUUAAAGACAUUUCCACCACAAUGCAACUAUUUCAUCUGCUGUGAUUGUAACUAAGAAAGGGCAUUCAAAAUGAAAACUUAUCUAUUAGAGGACUGUAAUAUAAAACUAUUAUUGUUAAGAACAUGGAAAUUAUUUCAUGCUCAUAAUUAUUAUAGUGUGUUAAAGGUUCAGUUAAGUUUCCAUUAUAGGCAGAAAUUACUUGUUGCUGGAGAUAGUAGUGCUACAGUAUUCAGUUAUUUGUCAUUACUCAUAUAUUUUGGAGCCAGCUUUUUGCAAAAUUGUACAACCAGAAGUGCUCAAGAAUAUAAUCAACACAGUUCAAGCAAUAAAGGCUAAUGUGAAAUGGAAGGAAUAUAGACAGUGAUUAUUUUGAAUUAUUCAAAUGUUAGUGUAACAUACAUUUUCAUGCAUUUUACAACUCAAACACACUGCUGCAGUCACCUCUUUACACCUGAAACAAUCAGUGCCUAUAUUUUGAGUCCUGUGAGUGAAGUAUGUUGUGGUAUACCUCAGUUUCAUGUUAAUUCUUUCAUAUCUUCCCAUGGAAAAAAAUAGUGCUGUCUAUUUUAAUUUUACAUGUGACCUUUGAUUAGCCACUGUUCUUUACCAAAAAAAAUUAUACAUUUUAUUAGAUUCCUGCGGUGUUAAUAUAUACUAUGUUUCAAUAUGUAAAUAUAUCUUUCUCUUCCACUAAACAUUGUAACGGAGUAGAGAAAAAUGCUGUAUAGUAAUAUUUAUGAUUUGUACAGUAUGUGAUCUUUAUGCUUUUAUAUAUUAUCAGUUUAUUAUUUUUUACUAGAUAGAAAAUCAUUCCUCAUCGUCUUUUGCACCAUGAACAGAUCUGCCUGUCAUUUCAAAGGACUGAUUUUACAGCAGAUUGUGUGGGGUAUAAACUAUAAUCAAGAUUUUGUUCUUUGUUCCAUAAAUACUACCAUUAUCAAACUAUGUUUUAGGGUACAUUCAGUGAGCAGUUUGUGACAGGUUUGUUGAAAUGUGGUUCCUUGGACCUUAUGUUUAAAAUUGCGUUCAUUGUUACAGUUCAUCAGUUACUGUUUGAUUGCAAAAUAUUCUUACUGGCAAGAUACUUCAUUCAAACUUUGUUGAAUGAUCAUUCCAAUUUGCUCGUGUUCACCUGUCAUUUGAAAUGUUAUUAGUAAAUGAUGCCAUCAGAAUUUGUCAGGAUUGCUUCAUUACAACUUCUGUAAGUUCAAAUUAGUCACAGAAAGUUAUUGGCUGUGAGAAUAAUUGUUUAUUGCAUACCCUUGUUACAUGUUACAAAUAAUGUAAGGAAGUUCAUAAUUUACACUUAAGUGGGUAUUUUUGUUAAACAUUUUUUUGCCUUUUUAACUAAAUAACAGACAAUUUCCCACAGAACAGUAAACAUUCUGUGAGGUAAAUGAUACACCAGAGGCUGUAGAAAUUUGAGCAUAUCGCAAAAGAAUAUAUUAUUGUGUGACACACAGCACCUAGAAGAAAUGUGAAAGAAAUACUUUGUUUCGUAUUCGUGGUGUUUAUGGCACUAUAAAGUGAUUCCAUUCAUUGCUGAGAUAGGGAGUGAGGAAUGAUGUUUUUGAAGUCGUUGACUCCCACUUGGACAUUCAGUGACAUGGAUGACACCAUGCCUUAGCCAAACGCUUAAUGGCACAGUUUAUACAAUGCCACUCUCCCUGACAUUUUCUUUUUUGGAAAGUGAAUUGGUCAGUGUGCAGUGUUUUUACAUGUUGCGACUGUGUAAUAUAUGUGAAUGUGUGGUCAAAUAAUAUGUUAAUAUGUCCCACUGUCUGUCAAUACUUUUCACGUUGGACAUUUCCUUUUCUUCCCACAGUUUGUCAGACUGAAACUGAAAAUAUUUGUAGGCAUAAAAUCAGAACAACAUUUAAAAAAUGAUAAUUCAAAUUUGAAUAAACAUAUAAAUAUUCAUAAAUGUAAUGUUCACCAAUAGUAUAAACCAUGGUCACUUGUGUAGAGUCCGCUCCCAGUAGCUGAGUCAUCAGAAUUUCAAUCCUAAGGGCCCGGGUUCGAUUCCCAGCUGGGUUGGAGAUUUUCUCCGCUCAGGGACUAAGUGUUGUGUUGUUCUAAUCAUCAUUAUUUCAUCCCCCUCAACGCGCAAGUCGCCGUAGUGGAGUCAAAUCGAAAGACUUGCACCCAGCAAGUGAUCUACCCGAUGGGAGGCCCUAGUCACAUGACAUUUACAUUUUACUUGUGCAGAAGUUGCAGAGAUGUAUGUUGAACUCCUAAAAGCAUAGUUAUUUUUACUGGAGUUAAGGGUUAAAGGACAGAAAAGAGAUGACAGAUAAUCAGUCAGAAUCUGAUGUUUUGUUCUCAUACUAUCUGUAAUUUGUGCCUUCUAUCUUCAUCUCCUUAGUAUAUAAACAAAUGCUUCUUUGGUUAAAGAGAUGUUGAGUAACUAUUUAAUUUUUCCUUUAUAUACUUGAUUGUGGGUUCUGCUGUUGGUGAAUAUUGCCCUUUGAUUUGUCUAUUCAUAUUUGAAAAUAUUUGUAGGUUGUUAUAUAGGUAUUUCAUGAGUUCACAUUUGGGAAAUGUGAAAAAUAACAUUUGAAUCAAUUUCUAUGAUUCAUCUAUUAUAUGAUUUUGGAAGUACCACUCAUCCUUUAUUAUUUAACUUUCUUUUUCCACAAUUUGAAUUAUAUAUUUUGGGUGCUUUUUAGUAGAUUCACCAAGAUAGAUCUGCAGUGAAGGUAAUAGUGUACCCUUAAAGUCUUUCAUUAUGUGUAAUAUUAUUUAAGAAAUAUGUUUGGAAGUGAUGUAAACAUAAUAAUGUGGUGAUCUGUCUUGCUUCCAUUACUGCAGCAGAAUAUCAAGAAUUUUGUAUGAUAGUUUUUUUUAUAUAUAAAAUAGUCACAGCAUUUGGUUCAAGUGCUUGCAGUUUACACAUUUCUCUUUAAACUAUUCUAAACAUUUUUACAGUAUUUUAAUUCAGAUAUAAGUACUAUGUGCACAGUAAAACACAACUAAGAACUCUAAUAAAAUAUAUAUUGUUAUUACAUCAGUGAUGUUUUACUUGUACAAGUAUUUUAUUUAAAAUAGUUGUAAGGAAAAACAUGUUAAAGGAUUGAUGAUUUGUAAGCUGUAGAAUAAUUUGUGUAUUUCAUAUUUUCAUAACCAAAAUGUGUACCAUGAAGCAUUUUCAUACAAAAAAGGAGAAAAAGGCAGACUGGAAACCCAUUUAAGGGUGAGCAUCAGUGUAGGAACUCAGUUGUGUAAUAUAAAAAUCAAUAAAAUGUUGUAUAAAACAUCA